CAUAGACCGCAGCUCCCUGAACCCGGAUAGAGGCCAAGAGCCGAUCUACUACCGGAAGCAGGAGCAGUGGGUCACCGCGAGAAAACAGACCACGGUCAAGAUGCUACCUUUGGCGGAGCAAAACUCCACUACGCUCCCGACAGACCUCGACUCGGUUUCGUACUCAGUCGAGAAAGUGGUCGAGGCUGCUUUGCAGAGGCAGCUGCCGUCGAUCGUCCAGCGCGCGACGGUGGAGAAGAAUUCCGCGGAUUUCAGCAGUUUACUAGACUUGAACGCGGUGGACGGAAAUAGGGAGACCUGCGUCAAAUCUCGCAUCCUCACAGACGAGGAGAUCCUUGCGAUCGCCGCAACGCAAAAGCCGAAUGUGACGGAGGAGUUUUUAUGCAUUGCAAUAAUAUCGUACUUCUCGUAGUAAUCCUAAUCGCAACUAUGCUUGACAAAUGUCCUUUCCAAGGUAAAACAGCAUGACAAAUAUCAUGUGUCAUGCUAAGCUAAGUUGUAUAUGUAUUGCACAACUCAGAGUAGGAGUACUACGAAUCUUUUGCAUUUCAUAGUUUUUCGACCCGAACAAUACAAAUUUGACAAACGAUAUGCCAGUGCACAACUCCCCCUCCCCCUCAUUUGUCAUGCAAAAUACCCAAUCCACCCUUUGCCUUUGCCUCAUGGCACCGCUUGCAUGACAAGUUCUGGCAGCCCAAACAACACUACACUCCAGUGCAAAUUUGUCAUGCAAAACCGGCACUCUUGCUGGUGCUUGUAUUGCCGUUCAUGCUAUACAAAUGGGAGGGGGACGAGCUGUGCACUCUCAUAAAUGACACGGACGAAUUUGACAACAGCACCAAGUGGUUUGAAACGACGGAUUGGUCCUUCAUCUACUCGGUGUUGGAAAUCCAACUCCCCAGGCCGACGAGGUUGCGGAGGAUCAUGGUGCAUGGGCCGCAACAGGGGCAGAUUGGCAGUUCUAGUUCUAGUUCUGGCGGUCCAAGUGCUGGUGGAUCUUCUUUCGGUGC